GCGUCCCGUCCUAGGCAUGCGCGGCCCGCCCCGCCCGCCCCCAGCUGUUUCGGCGGUCUGGGGCGGCUGCGUCCACCAUGUCCUCGAGGGGCCCGUUCCGCGGCCCGCCCUCCUUCCCGCCGCCGCUGCGCUUCGGACAAUCCGCCGUGUUCGGCCAGGGCGGCGGCGGCGGCCCCGCCGGCCUCCCCUUCGCCCCCGGGCCCACCGCUUCCUUUGGGCCACCCUACGCGCUGGGCCCGGCGCCGGCCCCGGCAGGGAACGCGGAGUUCAGCUUUAGGCCGCCCACCAGCCUGGGCGGCUUCCCAGGCCCGGGUGAGGCGCCGGGUGGCGGCGGCGGGGCCUUCGCGGCGCCCGACUUCCGCUUCAAGGCGCCCGAGAGCGCCGCCGCCACCCCCUUCAAGCCGGUGCCGGGCGGCGAGGCGGAGAAGGGCCCGGCCGCUCCCGCCGCCUUCGCCUUCUCGCCGCCCUUCGGCUUCGCGCCCGAGCCGGGCCCCGAGGCGGCGGUGGCGCGGGAGCCCUUCUCGUUCUUGCGGCCCGCUGCCGCGCUGGGCCGGCCGGAGGACAGGGGUCCGCGGGCGCUACCGGAGGAGCUGGGGGAGCCGGCGGCCAAGGGGCUGAAGCGGAAGGAGGAGCGGGAGCGCUCCCCGCGACGGGCGGCGGCGGGCGGGCGGGCGGCGGCGCCGCCGGAGAAGCGGCCGGUGGUGCUGAGCCGGCCCCGCGGCGGGGCCCUGUUCGGCCGCACGCUGGAGGAGAUGCUGCGCAGCCAGGCCCGCGAGCACCGCGAGCGCGGGGACGUCGCGGAGCCCGAGCGCGGAGCCGCGGAGGAGCCGCCGCCGGCCGAGGCCCGGGAGCUCCCCCGGGAAGAUGCGGCCCCCGCCGCCCCCGCCCGCCGGACCCGCGGCGGCGAGAGCACGGAGGGGCUGGGGGGCCUGCCUGCCGCCGAGCUGACGGCCAUCCAGUGCAAGAACAUCCCUGAUUACCUCAACGACAGGACUGUGCUGGAGAAGCACUUUGGCCAGUUCGUAAAAGUCCGGCGCGUCAUGACCAGGCGUAAUAAGAAAAUGGCCAUUCUUCACUUUUUUGAUCACGCCUCUGCAGCUCUUGCCAGGAAAAAAGCAAAAGAGUUACACAAAGACAUAGUAACAUUUUGGCAAAAGAAGAAGACUAGUCCAGCAAAAAGAGAAUUUUCAUCCAAGGAUAAGAAAGCAGGGGAAGAUGAAGGAAGACAAGGCAGUGAAGAGCAAAGCUAUCAGCAUUCCCCGCUUCGAAAACCUUUAAUAAGAUCCUCUGCCAGCAGUGUCAUGCCUGGGAGAAGUUCUCCAGCAAAGAAGCCUGGUCUUCGAAAGGCGCUGCAGUUUGAAGCAGAUCUGUUUGAUCCUAGUUCUGAAGGGCAGAGCUCAGAGGGCUUGGGAACCUCACUGUCAUCCCUUGGUAACCUGGUGGGAUUAAUGGCAGAGACAUCUGAAGAAAGAUACCGGCUUUUGGACCAAAGGGACAAAAUCAUGCGGCAAGCUCGAAUAAAAAGGACUGAUCUUGACAAAGCAAAAACUGUUGUUGGCACUUGCCCAGACAUGUGUCCUGAAAAGGAGCGUUACAUGAGGGAGACAAGAAACCAGCUCAGCAUCUUUGAAUUGCUUCUAGGAUCUGACAAGGUAGAUCAUGCGGCAGCAAUCAAGGAAUAUAGCAGGUCUUCGGCAGAUCAGGAGGAACCUUUGCCCCAUGAAUUGAGACCCUCUGAGGUGUUGAGUAUGACCAUGGACUAUUUAGUGACAAACAUUAUGGAUCAAGGAGAAGGAAACUACCGAGAGUGGUAUGACUUUGUCUGGAACAGAACUCGUGGAAUAAGAAAGGAUAUAACCCAGCAACAUCUCUGCAACCCGCUGAUGGUGUCUCUGAUUGAGAAGUGCACUCGCUUUCACAUCCAUUGUGCUCACCACUUGUGUGAAGAGCCCAUGUCUUCCUUUGAUGCCAAAAUCAACAAUGAGAACAUGACUAAAUGCCUGCAGAGCUUGAAGGAGAUGUAUCAGGACCUGGCUAACAAGGGAAUUUACUGCAAGAGUGAAGCAGAGUUCCGAGGUUAUAAUGUCUUGCUGAAUCUCAACAAGGGGGAUAUUCUCAGAGAAGUUCAGCAGUUUCAUCCAGAGGUUAGAAACUCUCCUGAAGUUAGAUUUGCAGUUCAAGCUUUUGCUGCAUUAAACAGCAACAACUUUGUGAGGUUUUUCAAGCUUGUGCAAACAGCUUCCUAUCUGAAUGCUUGUCUCUUACAUGGUUAUUUCAACCAGAUUCGUAAAGAUGGUCUCAAAUCCCUCAAUAUUGCCUACACUGUGAGCACCCAAAGAUGUACAGCGUUUCCCUUGGACCACCUGGUCCGCAUGCUGCUGUUCAAAGAUUGUGAGGAGGCAUCUGAUUUUAUAAGUUAUUAUGGCCUGAGUGUAUCAGAUGGGGGUUAUGUGGAGCUGAAUCGCUCCGCUUUCCUUGAGCCCGACGGGUUACCCAAACCUCGGAAGUCCGUAUUUGUCAGCCAGAAGCUCACUGUCUCAGUUGGGGAGGUUGUGAACGGAGGGCCUUUGCCCUCAGUGCCCCACCAUGUGCCUGUAUCCAGCUUCAACGGACAGAACAAGUACAUCGGUGGAAGCACCUCUGUGGAUCAAGCUGGCAAUAGCCAAAAACCCAGCAUGGAAACAACAGAAGGAAGAGUGGAAAGCAGAGGUGUGGAUUUAGAGGCUGCAGCAGUAAGAAUCCAGCCCCAGGCUCAUCUUCUGCCCUCACUGUUGCCUCGUCAGCUUGUGCCAGGGCUGCCUCCUGCACAGCCCAUCUCCCAAGCUGCUGCUCAACCUGAGCUUCUCCCUUCAAAGCCUCAGCCUGGCUACACAGACACGGACAUUGCCGAAGUGGUGGAUGGGCUGGUGCAUGAGGUCCUCAAAGGAGAGUGCAGAGAAGUGGGCAGAGCAGGAGCAGCUUACGUGGCCGCUGCCAUCUGCACCUCAGAGGCCGCUGUGGAGGAACUCGUGACUGAAGUGAUGGGGGAGAUCCUCAGACAAGUGGCUGGAAGUGUGCUUAGUGUGGAGAGGCAGCGUGUCCAGGAGGAACGGCGCAGAGUGGAGGAAGAGAGGCAAAAGCAGGAAAGAGAACAGUUAAUAAAGCAGUUGAGCCAGUUGCUGGGUAUGGAAUUAAUGGAAGAAGUAAUAAAGGAGAGUGUUGAAGAAGCUUCAACCAAUGAGUUAAGGUGGAGGGAAGCAGUGGCAGCUCGAACAAAGUUGAAACGUCAAAUGAGGGCAUUUCCAGCUGCUCCCUGUGGCAUGGAUUCAAAACGUCAGCUGAAAGCGCUGUCUCCCAGUGCAGAGUGGCCAAUAGCCAUGGAGAACUUGUGCAAGAGAUUUGUAAACCUGGGGAAUGGAGGAAAGCUGGGAAUCUCUUGCACGAGAUUGAACUGGCUGAGAAACAAGACAGUGCAUGAAAUGAAAGUUCAGCACUUCUACCAGCAGUUGGUAAGUGGUUUGGCUUGGACUCCCCUGGAUCUUGUCUCAUUAAUCACUGAACAUAUUCCAGUUCAACAAGAACAUGUUUUUUGGAAGGUGCUCUUGGUUUUGCCAAGUGAUGAUGAAUAUGCCAAGGACGAUCCCAACAGGAUACUGAUGGAUUGGUUGAAAGCCAAGUUUAUGGGAGACAAAAUGUGUAAGAAAAACACUUCACAUCCAGAAGGCAGAAUUCGAACACUGACGUUAUUUAGCUCUCCUGGCAUGCAGGGGAACAAAAUCAUUGAAGUCAGUGUGUGUAUUAAGGUGGCACAGGGUGCGCUCUCUGACCCGGAGCUUGACAUGGCUGAGACACAAAAAGACUUGCUUGGGACCAGUGGCCUUGUUCUUCUCCUGCCCCCCCGAGUUAAGAGUGAAGAUGUUGCAGAAGAUGAUGUAUAUUGGCUUUCAGCUUUGCUGCAGCUGAAACAGUUGCUUCAGGCCAAACCUUUCCACCCCGUAGUUCCUUUGGUGGUUCUAGUCCCCAGUCAGGAAGAGGAGGCCCCGGAGAAAGAAGUAGAAGAUGGUUUGAUGCUGCAGGACUUGAUUUCAGCCCAGCUUAUUUCGGACUACACCAUUGUGGAGCUCCCAGUUUCUGUCAGUGACUUAGAAGGCACAAAAAGGAUCUCUGUGGCUGUGGGCUGGCUGGUUUCCCGGUGUCCUGACUCCCUUGAGCUCUGCAGUAAGACCCUUCAGGAGUACAUUGAGGAUGGGAUUGAUGGUGAAUUUGGCAAGCGCUUCUACCACGACUGGAAGGAGAGGCGUUUGGCUGGCCUGCCAUCCCAGGAGCCCGGGGUCAUCAUAGAGCUCUACAACAGUGUGCUGCAGUUUCUCUCAGAUGUAGCAUCCUCGGAGCAUCUUUAUGACUUGUCUUGGCCUGUGACCGAGUUUUCAGAACCUGGGGGUAACAAGCUGUUGCCCCACCUGCAGUGGAACAUGCCGGAUCACCUGGCCUGGCUGAAGAAGGCUGUGCUGUCCUUCCAGAUCCCAUACCUAGAUCUGCCCCCGUUAGGUGCUCCUUGGCGUCCUGUUUGCCACAUGAUUUUUCAGUACGUCUCCCAGAUUGCAAGUUCUUCGCACACUCAACCACUGAUCCAGUCUCAAGUGGAAAAUCUGCUGACCAAAACUUACCAAAAGUGGAAAAACCGAACAAUGGGGAACUCUGAUAAAGAUGGACCUUCUGUUGAUGAGAUCCCUUGGGAUUGUAUCUUGGCAGUCUGCAUUGAUCAUAAACUGAGAGACUGGAAACCGCCCAAACUGCCUAUUGCUCCAGAAGCAGUAAGUAAAGACGGUCAGAUUCAUGUGUACUUCUUCAAGGAGCAUUUAAAGAACUACACUCUCCCUUUCUCGUGGGAUCAAGCCAGGCUGCGCACACAGGAGGAGAUCCGACGAGGCCACGAGAGGUCAAGGAUAAAAUCUCCCAAGUCUUUUAAGAAACCCUACAGCAUGUCCAUGAUACCAGGCCAGUAUGGCUCUGGCAUGAGCAAGCUAUCAGGUCAGGAGGUGAGCAUUCCCAGCUCAGAUGAAUUCAGAGACAUGUCCUUGGCCCAGGAGCAUCUGUUGGCACAGCUGCAACUGGAAAAAAUAGAAAACAGGAGGUUUGAAGAACAGUUGCACCGAUACCUGACCGAGGACACUGAGCCCCUUGGGGAUCUCUUAGGUCUUCCUCUCUACCUCCCCCAGUCGCUGCUCUCCACCUCAGCUGUCACCUGCCCAUUGGUGAAGAGUCCCAUGCCACCUGCUCAGGAGGCUGGGAGUCAAGAGGGACACAAGGUUGUGGAGACGGAGCGAAGCCCUGCGCUGUCGGACAGACUGAAACACUUGCAGCAGCUCCUCAGGGCGACCAAGGAGGCUGAAGCUGCCUCUGAGCUCCAGCUCUCUGCUCUGGUGGACAUGGUGGAUAUUUGAGCAGAGCUGAGAUGUGGACACUCAAGAAAGAAAUCCAGGUCUGGCUGACUGAACAGAUAUGCUCGUGGGGCAUGUUCCAGAGCAAGCAAAUGUUCUCCUGGAAUAAGAACAUGGAGCAGCUGUGGAGCUUGGGCCCUUCUCACAUGGCUGCCUUCCACAGGGUCAGUGUGUCACGGCUGGUCUGCAGCUCCCUCCUGGAGACGAGUCAAAAGCUUUUCAUGGAAGGCCUUACAUGACAGUAGUGACUUUUCUUUCUCCCAGCUCUCAUCGUGGGUAAACACAACUUCAGCAGGGGGGAAACUGAAGUAGCACAGGGUCCCUGGGAACACUGGAGCGAUUGCUCUCUGUAGACACAGUCCCUGAAAUGUUGUCUCAGCUCUGUGCUUCCUUCAUGCAGGAACUGCCUUGCAGCAGCACUGUGGUUUUUCUGUUCCCAGGAAUGUCAAUACUGGCAUUCUCAAGUUGGAGCAGCACUGGGCCAAGUUUAUGUUGCUCAGUGCAAAUCUAGAAGGAUUUUUGUGCUGCUGGGUCCAAGUUUUACUCAAUUUUUACAGCUUUAAAACCAGGUGAGUUGCUUAUUCCACAGAUUCCAUGUCAUGCUGGAGAACAGGAUGCUUUAUUCAGUAAACAGCUAUGGAGAAACAAUUUUCCUUUUUAAAAAUUUUUUUUUGGAAGAGCAGUUUGCCUGCAUUCUCCAGCACUUAAAAACCUUUGGAAGUUGAAGACCUUUUGGUUUAAUUCCCAGUAAAUAGUAUGCAGAUGUAUUUCAUGUCUGCAGUACUUCAAUACAGCUUAUCUUUUUGUUUCUUUUUUUUUUUCUUUACAAAAGCAGCAAAUUUUUCUCAAACAGACCCUUCUACCUGGUGAAAUAGAAAUUAAUGCAGAGAACACUGAUUAUCUUGCCUGCCCGACCCCAGUCUGACUCCUAAUUUUAUGUAAAAUCCUCAGUAGUCCAAAACAGUCAGCUGCCUUCCAAAAAAGUAAUUGUAUAGGCUUUUUAAAAAGCAUUUCAUUUGUACGAUUUCUCUUAAACCCAAAAUGAGCAAGAGUAGCUCAGUGUUAAGUUGAACUAAGAAAUGUAAACUGAGAAGGUGGUGCUUUGAGGCUGUUCCUGCUACCCACACCUUUGUCAGGCUGAGUUGUGUAAGUUCAGCUGGGUCCUUGCGAAGCAAAGCUUUUGGCCCUGCUCUUGUUAUUCUUAGUUCACUUGGAAUUUAGCUGUCAAAACCCAAAAGAGCUUCGAGGUCGUUGACUCGCACAAUGUGUUUUUGUACCAAAUAAAUUUCUAGUGGCUCGAAAA